UAGCUCAUUCAGUAUCGAUAUCUGUUGGAGUACGGUCGUUCGCAUCAUGUGUUACAAGAAUAUUGUCAUCGUCUUGUGUUUUAUAGGAAUUGUUAAGGCUUAUGAUGACUUUAAAAUAAUAGAUUCGAUUCAGCAAGAAGAACCAUGCACAUCGCGCGGAGGCCUUUGCACCAUAGCAGCUGACUGCCCCAAAGAUCAUCUGGUGGAAGAGAGGGGAUUAUGUCCAUCUCAGCGAAGUAGAGGAGUCGAAUGCUGUUAUGGAUUGUCAGUGAAAGAGACGAGAUGUGAGAAACGAGGUGGUAUGUGCUUGCCCGGAAAGAAACCGUGCGGUGACGUCGUCCUGUUCAAGGAAGCUACUGAUUGUCCCAAAGAUACCAAAUGUUGUAUAUUAGUUCAUUAGUUGCAAAUAUAAUUUUUUGUUAAUGUUUUUAUGAUCUUUGUUAUUAUUUUGUAAUAAAUACGGAUUGUGUAAUAAGGUUU